CGCUGGACGGCGUCCGGCGAGAGCUCGGGCGCCGGUGACGCAUUAAGCAGGCGCCGCGCGGCGGGAUGAAGGUGGCGGUGGCCGGCUGCUGCCAUGGCGAGCUGGACAAGCUUUACGAGACGCUGGAGCUGCUGCAGCGGCGCAAUAACGUGCGGAUCGACCUGCUGCUGUGCUGCGGGGACUUCCAGGCCGUGCGCAACGAGGCGGACCUACGCUGCAUGGCCGUGUCGGCCAAGUACCGCCACAUGCAGACCUUCUACCGGUAUUAUUCAGGAGAGAAGAAGGCUCCUGUUCUCACGAUCUUUAUUGGGGGUAAUCAUGAAGCCUCAAAUCACUUGCAAGAACUGCCAUAUGGAGGAUGGGUGGCACCAAACAUAUAUUACCUUGGUUAUGCAGGCGUAGUAAAAUAUCGUGGUGUAAGAAUUGGUGGAAUUUCUGGCAUUUUCAAAUCUCAUGAUUACAAAAAAGGUCAUUUUGAGUGUCCUCCAUACAAUCAGCAGACUGUAAGAAGUGCGUACCAUGUGAGGAAUAUUGAAGUCUUCAAACUCAAACAGCUAAAGCAUCCUAUGGAUAUAUUUAUGUCACAUGAUUGGCCAAGAAGUAUAUAUCACUAUGGAAACAAGAAACAGCUUCUUAAAAUGAAAUCUUUUUUCCGCCAAGAAGUGGAAAACAAUACAUUGGGAAGCCCUGCUGCUUCAGAGCUUCUGCAGCACUUUCAACCCACGUAUUGGUUCUCAGCACAUCUUCAUGUAAAAUUUGCAGCUUUAAUGCAACACCAGGCAAACAUUGAAGGACAGCUGCCAAAAGCAACAAAAUUUUUGGCUCUGGAUAAAUGUCUGCCACACAGAGACUUCCUGCAGGUAAUAGAUAUAGACCAUGACCCCAACGCAUCUGAUUCUCUGGAAUAUGACAUUGAAUGGCUUGCUGUUCUCAAGGCUACUAACAAUCUUAUUAAUGUGACUUCAAACGCAUGGAACAUGCCUGAAAACAAUGGCCUCCAUGCAAAGUGGGAUUACAGUGCAACAGAAGGAGCCCUCAAAGAGAUAUUGGAAGAGCUGAGCCAUAACCUCAAAAUUCCUUGUAACUUCAGUGUGACAGCUGCUUGUUAUGACCCUUACAAACUGCAGAAAAAUAUGGAACCAGUUCAUAUAAUCAAUCCACAGACCACUGAGUUUUGUGCCAAGUUUGGCCUCACCGAUAUUAAUGAUAGGAUUCAGCAAGUGAAAGAAGAGGGCUCAGUUCGGGGAGAAUAUGAGGAGGAGGAGGAAAUGGACAGUACUGAGUCAGCAGAGGAGCCCAGUGAAUAUUAUACAGAUAAUUCUGGGCUGUCUUCAUCUAUUAACCCAGAUGAAAUAAUGCUGGAUGAAGAGGGUGGUGAUGAAGAUCAAAGUACCUGUUCUGUGGAUCCUUCACCUGAUCACCCUCCUGACUUUUCAGCAAGUUUUUCUGACACCAGGAUCAUGCCAGAUUCCAUGAUGAUAUCCUCUGAUGAUGCUAUAGACUCCACCAAUGAAGACCUGGAGAAAUCUGGUGUGAGUGAGCAGACUGAAGAGAAGAGCUUAAAUGAAAGAGCUUUAAAGCGGAUUGGUAAAAAUGAGAAUGGAAACAGUGCCAUGAAGAAAAUUAAAAGACGGAAUCAGGCUAUCUAUGCCGCAGAGGAUGAAGAUCAAGUAUAAUGAAAAUGCAUUAAGGUCACACAGGUUUUAUUAACUGCUGUAACUAGCUACCUUUUUUGGUGUGUUGUGGGCAAUGGUGAGAACUUUUAAAAUUCAGCAUUUGAAGUGAUCAGUACCAUUUUUAUGCUACAUACUACAGUAUGCUACAAAACUUCUAAUGGAGAAGAAUACCUGUUUAGUAGUAGUCUUCUUGCUCAGUCCUUUUCAACUAAGUGUAUUGUAGAAAGAUUUCAAGUUUGUGUAUAAUCAGUUGGUUCUGCUUCAGCUUUUGAUAAUUAACUCAUUUUAUUUACAUUCUGCUCUGCCUCCAUACAAUAACUGUAAUACUUAAUUAACCGAGAUAGAAUUUCUUUAAAUUGAAGUUAGGUUUGGAAGGAGAGGAUCUUUGCAUUGCCUUUAAUGCUAUCUUUCAGCUAAAGGUAACACUUAGUACAGAAUAGCUAAUGCAGUAAUUAUCUGCAGUGUGGUUAAAAGCAGUACUCCCAAGAUAAAAAGAGAUGAUGAUCAUGAUUUUUAUUUCUCUGGAGUUACUGUUUCUGCAGUGGAAGAUCUUGGCAGUUGGUGUCUUUAAAAAUAUGAAUAUGUAUUAUAUGCAUUGUCUAAUACUGGUUUUAAAUUUUAGUUCUAUCUAUACAGAAAAGAAAUCUCACAUUGCAAACAAAUUAUGACUGAGGUGGUUAUGCUAAUAUGUUGAAGGCAAGUGCAUUUGUUUUCAAUAUCAAUACUCAUGUGUUUCUCUCCCAAAAGUUCAGAACAGUAUUUCAAAAUUAAAAUACUAAUGUAAGCUAAAAUUA